GGGCGCGGGGGACCCGGCGCGGCCCGCCAACGACGCCUGCGGCCAGCCGGUGCCCUGGGAACACUGCUGCCCCUGGAUCUACUUCGACGGCAAACUCUUCCAGACCAAGCUCAUCAGAGCCACCCGGGACAGGGCCCCCCUCAUUGACCUGUGUGACGGGCAGGCGGAGCAAGCAGCCAAAGUGGAGAGGAUGAGACAGAGCAUUCUGGAGGGUGUGAACCUCAAUCGACAGGCUCCGCCCCCCCCCCCCCCCUUCAUGCCCGCCAUGGCCACGCCCUUCUAUUCAAUGCCCCUCUACCCCCGCACGGCUGGCUCUGUGCCAUUGCCGCCCCCUGGGAGGAGCAGAGGGUUCACAGGUCUUCACCCCAUCCCAUCCCAGGGGGGCAAGCUGGAGAUCGCUGGCAUGGUCGUCGGCCAGUGGGCAGGCAGCAAGCCCUGGAGGGGGCGGGGCUCCUUCGGGAUGCAGGUGGUAUCUGUCGGAGGACCGGGGAAGGGACGCAGCCGAGAUGGGUCUGGAAAACUCCCCAAAGGAAACAAGAAGCUUAACAAGCAGGUACGUGUGUUUGCCUUUCCCUUCCCCGCGGCCUGGCCCUUCCCAGGGCCCCUCCGCCCCCAGGGCUGGGUCUGGGACCGUCCGCAGGGUCUGCUGCGGCCAGUGCAAGGCCAAGGCUGCGUCCUGCGCUCUGCUUCUCUGGGGUCUCCUCUGCCUCCGGAGGAUGGAUAAGAAUUCCCACUAUUACAUGGCUGUGCC